GUGAUGCAACACAUUAUAACAUUUAUAUAUUUAUAUAUUCAGGUAUUUUAUUAAUUAUCACGUCAGGGACGCUGAGCCAGUAGUUAUUUUUACAUUGCACACGCCUGUUCUAACUAAAGAGGCAUAGAAAGGAAUGAUAAACCUUUAUGUCUAUCCUAGACAUGACAGCGUUGUUUGAAUUAUUCCUUGGUUCUUUGAAUUCUCCUGAAAUCUCCAUUAAAGUCUUUUCAUCUUCCUCAAAAACUGCCUGCUCUAAAAAGAUCAAUAGGAUUCUGAGUAUUUCUGCCAGUGUAAACAAAGUGAGUAUAAAAACAAACUGUAAUUCUUCUUCUGUAGUGACACCAGAGAACAGCACUGCACCUGCAUCCACAGGGAGUUCCCUAAGAAGAAUGACCAGACGUCAAACUCUCACUCUCAUAUCUUCGGCGUCUGUCAACCUCAGUUCAAUGAUGUGCUAUUCAAUAUUAGGUCCUUUCUUUCCCACCGAGGCUGUAAAGAAAGGAGCCAGUCAAACUGACGUUGGUCUCAUUUUCGGCUGUUACGCCAUCUGCAACCUAAUUAACUCAUUAAUAAUGGGAAGAUAUAUUGUCCAGAUUGGUGCAAAGCGCAUGCUAAUAGUUGGACUUUUUGUGUCAUCAAUCUGCACCAUUGCAUUUGGAUUCCUCGACCGUGUUCCUUCAGGACCGCCAUUCAUCGCACUGUGUCUCAUAGUGAGGUCCAUCGAUGCCUUUGGAUUCGCUGCAGCCAUGACUUCCUCUUUUGCAGUGACAGCGAAAAUAUUCCCCGACAAUGUGGCAACUGUUUAUGGCUUUUUGGAGAUUUUCACAGGACUUGGUCUAAUUCUGGGGCCUCCUGUUGGAGGGUGGUUGUAUCAGUCCUUUGGAUAUGAAGUGCCGUUCAUGCUUCUGGGAUUCUUCCUGUUGAUCAUGGUGCCCUUUAACAUUUACGUCCUGCCCACCAUAGAUGCCAAUCCCUCCAAAGACUCUUUCUUGAAGCUUCUAACCAAUGUGAAAAUUGUCCUCAUCUGCUUUGUUAUUUUUACUAUGAGCGCUGGCCUGGGCUUUUUAGACACCACAUUGGCACUUUACGCAAUUGACAAGUUUGCUCUCUCUCCCGGCUACGUGGGACUCAUCGCACUGGGUUUGUCGCUGUCGUACUGCAUAGCCUCCCCACUGUUUGGUUAUUUCACUGAUAAAUAUCCCGUGAGUGUGAAGACAGUAUCAAUGUCUGUGUUAUUUCUAUAUGGGCUGUUUUCAUGUGUCUGUCUUAAUAAGGUGAUCCGCGGUUGGUUAAUGGUGACAGGAGGUGUCACAACGGCUGCUGGGUUCUGGCUACUUGGUCCGGUUCCUUUCCUUCACAUCCCCAGUCAGUUGUGGCUGCUGGUGCUCAUGCUGAGUGUAAUUGGGUUUUCAUUGGGCAUGUCGUCAAUCCCCACCUUCCCUGAGAUCAUCGCAUGUGCAUACAAACAGGGAUUUCAGGAAGGAUUAAGCACUCUGGGAAUGGUCUCUGGACUCUUUAGUGCAGUUUGGUGCCUGGGGAUGUUCUAUGGCCCAAUUGUUGGAGGUUUUAUAACACAGAACCUGAAUUUCGAGUGGGCAGCUGCGGUCCAAGGAGGCUUAACGUUUUUGGCUGCUCUUCUUCUUGCUGUGUGUUGUUUCUUUCAGAGACUUCGACAAAGCAGUCCAGAUAAUGAGAGUGGACAAGGAUGUGAACAUUAUCCACUGCUGACGUCUGAAUAAAACAACUCCUGCAGCUCCUGUCUGGACACUGAACACAUCACAUUUUAAUACUUGAAUGGAAGACCCAAUAAUGAGGCCUUAUAUGAGACCACGUGAGCCACAAGGAAAGGAUUUGGAUAAAUCCCCACCCCCUAAGAGGUUAAGAAUCAUACCAGAUCCUGAAGGAUCAGCCUGAAGAAGACAAAUGGGAUUUCAGAGGAAGCUGUGUAUCUCUGAAGGUCAAGGUCAAAUUCUCUGAUUUGCUUCACAGAUACAGCAGUAGAUACUGCAUCAUAAGACUCUGCUGGGGCAACAGAUUAAUUGCCCUUAAGCCUUCACAUUCAACAAUGCUUAUUGGACAACAGAAUUGUAUAAAUGUACUAUAAAAACCCAUGGACCUCACACAGGAAGUCCUCGGUUUGGUCCAUGGUUACAUCAUCAUCUUCCUUAAAUUAAAACGUAUGACGAAUAUGUCAGCUUUGUUUACGUUUGCCAUGCACUGGAUUGUGCUACAUUUACAUUUUUUCGUUUGUGUUGGGGGUUUUUUGGGGGAACUUUUUGCUCUUCAUUAUAACUCCACUGCGUAGAUGAGUGACAAAAGUACUUU